AUGCUUCCCGCGGAGAUCAGAUACGAGAUUGUAUCGCACUUCGUGUAUACAGACAAUGAAGGUUUUCCAGGAGGAGUAUCAUUCCAGCGUUAUGGAGUAGACUGGGACGACUUCAUGCCGCUCCGGCCGCCUCGGCCGAUUAAAGACCACAUGAGAGGGCCGUUUAAAGAUCGCGCGGAUGUUGGGCGGUUUCGAACAGUUACCACAAAGUUCUACCGGGACGAAGCGGAUCUCAGAAUGUUAUGCAAGCUCCGCUUAGUCUCGCGGGAAUGGCUUGCUACUGUCGAUCCCUUCCUCCAGAAAUGGUCUACACUGAGAAUUGACGUUGGUUCACGCCAGACCAUGGAAAGACUCGCAAAGGUUAUGCGCCCGUCUUUCCCCGCCAAGAAACUGGUCAUCCCUUGCAUUGAAGCGGCGUUAGCCUUCACCAGGCGCUAUACUUAUGCCCAAGGCGCCGACCACGAUGUGGAGGAGGUGGAGGACUACAAAGACGAACCUCUCAACGGCAACUCGCACAAUUUUGCCGCAAUGCCUGAUGCUCCCCCCGAAAAGCCUUUCGUGGGCUCCCAAGAUAUAGACCUUCUGGAAACCAUCUGGAAUAAUCUUCCCCAAAUUGAGUCAUUUACGCUCAUCUUUCCCCAAUCUGGCGCCACGUUUGAUAAUGGUUGGAAUGGGUCAGCGGACUUCUAUGACAUGGAAGUUGUCAAUGCUUCAUUAUCGUUCUUCAAGAAAGCCCUCUCGUCACCGAUGUGCAGUCAACUUACUGAUUUAAGACUUCAUCUCCCAUGCACCCAUAAUGUAGGCCAAAUCUGUGAAGGCCUAGGACAAGACGCGCGCAACCAGAUCCUACAUCUCGAGAUUUGCAUCAUGGAUGCCUCUGGGAUUUCAGGCGACCGUGAGCAUCUGUUUUUCGACAGUCCAGGCGACUACCGUGAACUAGAUGGGGAUGUGCACAUUUACAAUUCAGUUCCGUACAGCAACAUGCAGAGGGAAUGCAGCAACCAGGAGCAUCAGGAUGAACUUUGGGAGUUUGCGGGGUCUUGCCCGAAUCUUCUAUCCCUCCAUAUAGUGGGGACGAAUUUUCUAGAUCUUGACAGAUUCCAUUGGAAAAAGGCUCCAGACUCUCGAGGUUUGCGUGUGCUCUCUCUGGAAAGAGUAUGGUUAAGCGUUUCGUCCCUCGAAGCGUUACUACAACCAUCACCUUCAGCGGCGGACGCAACUCCCCAUCUUCGCAGAAUCUCACUCGGCGAUGUGAAGCUUCGUGUCGACGGAGGGAAUUGGGAGGAUAUAUUCAACAGUCUACGUGAAGGCUACCCGGAUCUGGAGCUAAGCUGCAUGGAUCAGUUGACUUACUUUGAGAAUCACCCCAGAUACACGUCUCCUCAGAGCCCUUGGGACUGUGUUUGGAAGAUAGAAAGUGAAGAAGAGAGCGAUUCAAGAGCGGCGUACGCGCUUGCAAAACAUGUUGCCGAGAGAGCUGGCGGUUGGGAACACUAUCCGAUAGCUCGUCAUGAGUCUGCAAGCGAGUAUAAUUUGCAUGAGGAUUAA